AAGUCGGUCAUUUGCUCCGCAACCUAACACGUGUGAGCGUGGAGAGGGAGACGUAAUGAGCUAGGCAUAAUUAUGUUGACAUUUGAGCUUUGAAAAAUGAACAACAUGGUGCGAUCUUUCCCAAAACUUGCUGCAAAUGUCUCCUCUGACAUCAGCAAGAAAUACGAGGUGUGGUGGAGAAUCCAGGAGGCAGUGAAGAUGCUGAACACUCUCCAGAGUAAUGCUCAGACCAUACAGAAGAUCCGUAAAGAACGGAACUCGCUUUCCCAUCUCAACAUCCCAAACAUGGUCAAGUACGCAGAGCGGGCAGGCAUAUCUCUGGAUGAUAUUGACAGUCUGAAUGUGAUACAUGUCAGUGGUACAAAGGGCAAGGGGUCGACCUGUGCCUUCACCGAGAGUAUUCUCCGCCAGUACGGCUACAGCACUGGCUUCUUCAGUUCCCCACAUUUGGUAGAAGUCCGGGAGCGCUUCCGUAUUAAUGGUUCACCUCUCUCACGAGACAAAUUUGCUCAUUAUUUUUGGGACGUAUAUCACAAGCUUGAAGCCUCAAAGCACCAACAUAACGGUGCCAUGCCGGCUUACUUUGCCUUCUGUACUAUCAUGGCGUUUCACGUGUUCCUGCAAGAGAAGAUUGACGUGGCCAUUGUGGAGGUCGGUAUUGGGGGCCAGUACGACAGUACUAACCUCAUACGCAAACCUGUGGUGUGUGGAGUAGCCUCCCUUGGGCUAGAUCACACAUCAAUACUGGGAAACACCAUUGAAAAGAUAGCCUGGCACAAGUCCGGAAUUUUCAAGUCGGGAGUGCCAGCGUUCACCGCGCCACAAGUGUCUCCAGCCUUACAGGUUAUCAGAGAGAGGGCAGAGGAGAUAGGGAGUCCGCUUCACAAGGUUUUGCCGUUGCAAGAUUUGAAUUUCCAGGGUAGAAAACUAGAAAUCGGUAUUGAAGGGUCCAUGCAAAUGGUGAAUGCAGCUCUAGCCAUGCAGCUUUCUAAAACCUGGAUAGAAAACAGAGAAAGGAACGCCCGGAUAGAGGAUACAGGAGAAAUGGAGAAUGGAGUCCAAUCCUCUAUCCCCAAUGCCAAAGAAAGCAGCCCAUGCAUACCUGAGUGUGAGCCGUUCGCUGUGACUGAGAACAUGCAUCAAGGACUAGCCAUGUGUAGCUGGGCUGGUCGAAAUCAGUCUAUCAAGAAACAGCGGCUGACUUAUUACCUGGAUGGAGCCCACACCUUUGAGAGUAUACAGCAAUGUGUUGAAUGGUUCAAGACUGCAUCAGCAAAGGAGGCCAAGACUAUCAGGGGAAAGGUUGUCAAGGUCAUUGUAUUUAACACAACAGGAGACCGAGAUCCAUCGGUCCUGAUAGCUCCUCUCACGGAUUGUCAGUUUGACUUGGUUGCCUUCUGCCCGAACAUUGCUUUUAGUAACCGCAACACUUUAGGAAAGCGUGGAGAUCUCACCAACAACACAGUCACCACAGAAAGCCAGCACGCCAGGUGUCUCCUGAACAAGGAAUUUUGGAUCAAAGUACACCAGUCCAGGACAGCUGGGGCCGAAUUUUCAGAUGAUGUCCCCAGCGGCACUUCUAAACGGACUCUUCAAAAUGGCAAUGCAAACGGACAAACAAAUGGGUCAAACAAAAGGUUAAAAGUGGACCACAAUGAUGAUGACAUAUCGCAAACAGAAGAUCAAAAGUCUUUAAAAUCGUCAAAUGGUGUUUCAUUAGAUCUUGGCAAUGGCGAAUCAAAAUCUGUGAUAAAUGGAGAAUCUGAAGAUCCAUUAUUUCAUAAUAUAUCCUGUGAACAAGCUACCUGUGAUAGCCGCUCAAUACAUUCACACGACACUGAUGUCAUUUCCCAAGUAUUUCCGUCCAUUUUUGAUGCACUUAAGUGGGCCACUCAAGGUCGUGACCAGCUAGUUAAUGACGACAUUAAACUUGACUUAAAUGACAUUCCUGAAGAUCUUCGGGAUCCUGCCCAUAUACAAGUCUUGGUCACAGGAAGUCUUCAUCUUGUGGGUGGGGUGCUAAGGGCUGUUGGUCCUGACUACAACUCGUAAUUUGUCGUGAUACAAUGUACAAGGUUGUCAGGGCCACCCGGCCUGAAUUUGUCGUGAUACAAUGUACAAGGUUGUCAGGGCCACCGGGCCUGAUCAUACUAGUAUCUGUGGCAAGAAGUGUAAUACAGUGUUAAAUACUGGCUGUGGAGCUCCACUACAUUUGCUAGGGUGUCCUCGGUAGGAAGUAUUAUACGAGGUUGUUAGGUCUGGUCGGACUGACCACUGACCACAGUGCCUAGUGUAAUACUGUCGAGUCUGUACAAUUUGAUAGUUCAGACUGAUGAGGUGUUAGUGCUACAAUCAGACAAUUAUUGUAAUUACAGCUUUAAGUUUCUUACAUAUCAGUAUAGGACAGGUAUUAUAUUGGUUUGGGAGAGAGGAACUUUUGAACACUCUAUUCAAGGGUGUUUCCCCCUCUCUCUGAUAUUUUCUGUAUGUUAUAAUCAUAUUGGCUUGUCGAUUAAAAUAUUAGUUAAGUGUUUUUAUUUUUAUGCAAGUACCAGUAUAAGAGUGCAGCAUAAUUUGUUGUUUUUUUAAGCAAAAUCAAACAUUGUUAUUGUCAAAAUGGUUAAAAAUGUUCUUCUAUCAGUAGAACCUUAAUGAUACAUGAAUGGUCGAAGCUUGCGUAGUGAUGUGAAGGGGAGACAACUCGCGAUACACAGCAGUGUAUGCUAGUCCAGUUACAUACAGCAAAACUUUGUUUAGUUUGUCUAGUAGAACAGACUACAUGUAUUUUGCAAUUCAAAAGGGAAAACUUGCUGAAAUCCUGUAUAGCAGGACAACCGAACUGCUGGUGGCUGGAUAGCAGGACAACCGGACUGCUGGUGGCUGGAUAGCAGGACAACCGGACCGCUGGUGGCUGGAUAGUGGAACAACCGGACUGCUGGGGGCUGGAUAGUGGGACAACCGGACUGCUGGUGGCUGGAUAGUGGGACAACUGGACAGCUGGUGGCUGGAUAGUGGGACAACCAGACUGCUGGUGACGGAUAGCAGGACUACCAGACUGCUGGUGGCUGGAUAGCAGGACAACCGGACUGCUGGGGGCUGGAUAGUGGGACAACCGGACUGCUGGUGGCUGGAUAGAGGAACAACCGGACUGCUGGUGGCUGGAUAGGGGGACAACUGGACAGCUGGGGGCUGGAUAGGGGGACAACCAGACUGCUGGUGACGGAUAGGGGGACAACCAGACUGCUGGUGGCGGAUAGCAGGACUACCAGACUGCUGGGGGCUGGAUAGCAGGACAACCGGACUGCGGGUGGCUGGAUAGCAGGACAACCGGACCGCUGGUGGCUGGAUAGUGGGACAACCAGACUGCUGGUGACGGAUAGUGGGACAACCAGACUGCUGGUGACGGAUAGCAGGACCAGGUCAACCAGGCUAGUGGUGAGACAACUAACUGGUGAUGACUGGACUGAUAGAGCAACUGCAUGUUAUAGCCCUGUCUCAGUAUAAAACAUAGAGAGCU